AUGGAUAACAAAAGUUCAAGCAAUACUGGACAUUCCAAAUCUACGAGAGUUUCUCUAAUAAGAAUGGCGAGCAAUACGGUGGCAUCGUCUGCGAUAUCUGGUCGUGAAGAGACAGUGAUUCCAGUUUUUCCUUGGUUUGGUAUUGAUAUUGGCGGAACACUUGUUAAGCUGGUCUAUUUUGAGCCACUAGAUUUAACAGCUGAAGAAAUUCGAAAUGAAGGUGAAAUUUUGGUCAACAUUCGGCGUUAUUUAACAUCUAAUCGUGCCUACGGGCAAGAUGGCGUACGUGAUGAUGCAUUGGAAUUGAAAAAUAUUGAAUUAGGUAGCCGACGAGGAAAUCUCCAUUUCAUACGCUUUCCAACAUCGAAGAUGAUGACUUUUAUUGAUGCAUGUGUAAUGAGGAAUUUACACAUGUUAACAUUCAAAAUCUUUGCAACAGGAGGUGGCGCUUAUAAGUUUGAGAAAGAUAUCGUUGAAAAACUAAAAAUUAGUUGGUGUAAAUGCGACGAACUCGAUACGUUGAUGAAUGGCUUAUGUUAUAUAACUAAAUUGAAUUCUAAAGAAUGUUUUUACUAUGAAGAACCACAGAAUGAUGCAAAUCCAAACAAACAUCCAUUUACCUUCGAUAUCAAUCAUCCAUUUCUUCUAGUCAAUAUUGGAAGUGGAAUUAGCAUUUUAUACGUAGAAUCAGAAAGUAGUUAUCGACGUAUCACUGGCACGAGUAUUGGCGGAGGUACUUUUCUCGGUCUAUGCUGUUUGUUAACAGGAUGUUCUAGUUAUGAUGAAGCAAUUCAAUUAGCUUCGGAAGGGGACAGUACAAAGGUGGAUAAAUUGGUUAAAGAUAUCUACGGUGGUGAUUACGAAAGAUUUGGUUUGCCUGGCCAUAUUGUAGCGAGCAGUAUUGGUGAGCUCUGCAAGCAAAUACCUGUCGAAUGUAGCUUUGGACAUAUGAAUCAAUCGGACAAGCGUGACCAAGCAUCCAAAGCCGACUUAGCUCGUGCUACUUUAGUCACUGUUCUCAAUAAUAUUGGUUCCAUUUCAAUGAUGUGUGCUCGUACUGAGAAUGUUCAUCGAGUAUUAUUUAGUGGUAGCUUUUUACGUGUCAAUGAUUUAUCCAUGAGAAUCUUAGCUUAUGCUAUGGAUUAUUGGUCGGGUGGUGAAAUAAAAGCAAUAUUUCUUGAGCAUGAAGGUUACUUUAGCGCAGUUGGUUGUUUGCGACAAUUUCUCAUGGAUGCAAAUAAUGAUGAACGUGAUCUUAUCAAUUCUUCUCGCCAGUGA